AUGGGCGGCUGCUGGGGAUCACCAGGUCAUCACCGGAAGCCGCCGGUCGUGGCCGCCACCAGCGCGGAGGGGGAUGGCGAUCAGACCUGGGCACAGCUGGCCCUUGAGCUGUUGGACAGAAUUUGGGAGGCUGCAGAGCGAGCCUUGUGGCAAGGGGAUGCUGCCUUGGGGAUUGACAAAGGCACGGAUGAAGAUUUCCGGGAGGAACUAUGUGAAGGACGCAUCUAUGAAUCACUGGCCAGAAAAGCACGAAUAGAGAGAAUUAGGGAAGCCAGACAUCUACAAGGAUCGUGGCCACUUGAAGCUGCCAAAGCGAUUGACAAAAGCAUGUACAAAGAUUUCCAGUGGAGACUGUGUGAGGCAAAGCGGUUCAUAGGGGCUGCCCACCUGGUCAAUUCCCACUGGUCAGGUUGGGCGACACGGAAAAUUUGUGAAUUGAGACCUGAAUGCGUGUCAUUGUGCGAGGUGGUCGAUGUCAUUGAGAACCGACUGGUGAGUGUGAAACGCCUGAACCUCUGCUACUGUGCGGGAGUGGAUGACGAG